UUUUACUGAGCAAACUUCUUCGACUACCGCGAACGUAAGCUUUUUGACCGAUGAAGGAUCCGUAAAAUCUCGCGAUACUCCCAGCUCGCGAGAACGCUGUCAUGGCUGCGCCUGUAUAGAACCACGGGGUUCUGACCUCAGGAAACCAACGGCAUGUCUUCUCUGUAAACAACCACUUGUCUUCUCUUUCACUCCCUGAAGUGGCACUGUAUUAUAUAGACUACUUUAAAGCGAUUUGAAAGCGUUUGAGUGGAUAGCACAAUGAAUAGCAGAGCAGGUUCCUUUUUAUGGAACCUCAGACAAUUCAGUACUUUAGUUCCAACAAGCAGAACUAUGAGGCUGUAUCCUUUGGGAUUUUCCAGACUGAAAAUUGUUUAUUCAAACUGGAACCCAAGAAACCUUCUCUUAAGUGACUUUGGUAAUGGAGUGCAGUCAUCUAUUAGAUAUCUAUUUCAGGAUGCCUUAAUUUUUAAAUCAGGAGAUAAUUUUCAAACAAAGGGAAUAGGCACUGAAACAGUCCUUACAGUCGAUAGUCUGCUUUGUCCUAGAAGACUGUCCUUUGAUUCAAAACACUCUCUUGACCCCGAUGAUGGAUUGAAGAAGAUAACAUUUCAUCAUCAGGCCUCCAAUGAAGAUGUGCUCACCAAAGAAACAAAACCAACCCCUGUCAACUAUAAAAAACUGUCUCAGGAGUGUAGUUCUCUGAGUGAUGUGUUAGAUAGAUUUUCAGAAGGACCUGUAUUUCCCGGUAGUAACUAUUUUUCAGCAAUGUGGAUAAUUGCCAAAAGGAUGUCUGAUGACCAGAAGCGUGUUGAAAAACAACUGAUGUUUAACCACCCUGCAUUUAACCAGCUGUGUGAACAAGUGAUGAGAGAAUCCAAGAUCAUGCACUAUGACCACCUGCUGUUCAGUCUUCAUGCUAUGGUGAAGCUUGGAAUUCCUCAGAACACUCUGCUGGUACAGACUUUGCUGAGGGUGGUCCAGGAACGUAUCAAUGAGUGUGAUGAGAAAUGUCUUUCAGUUUUGUCAACUCUUUUAGAGGCAAUGGAGCCAUGCAAGAAUGUGGACGUUCUUCGAGCAGGGUUGCGGAUACUAGUUGAUCAGCAAGUCUGGAAAAUAGAGCAUGUCUUUACAUUACAAGCUGUGAUAAGAUGUGUUGGAAAAGAUGCACCGAUUGCUCUUAAAAGGAAACUGGAGAUGAAAGCCUUGAGAGAAUUAGACAGAUUUUCUGAUUUGAAUAGCCAGCACAUGUUUGAGGCAUUAGCUGCCAUGAAUCACCGCUCUAUUAUACUUCUGGAUGAAUGCAGUAAGAUGGUCAUAGGUAAUAUCCAUGGGUGUCCUUUUAAAGUACUGAGCAACAUAUUGCAAUCUUGCAGAGACCUCCGGUACCGUAAUUUAGAUCUUUUUAAGGGAAUAGCAGAUUAUGUGGCUGCAACUAUUGACAUCUGGAAGUUAAAGCAAGUUCUCUUUCUCCUCAUUUUAUUUGAAAACCUUGGCUUUCGACAUACUGAUUUGAUGGACUUGUUCAUGAAGAAAGUGAUAGCUGAUCCUGCCUCUCUAAACAUGAAAAGCAUUAUCUGUAUUCUUCAUGUGUAUUCUUCUCUCAAUCACUUCUACAAAUGCCAAACCACAGAGUUCCAAGAAGUUAUGGCUACUUCUCUGACUGGUUAUCUCCACCACAUCUCUUCUGAAAAUUUAUUGAAUGCUGUGUGUUCAUUUUGCUUGAUGAACCAUUUUCCCAUGGCCCUUAUUAAUCCACUUCUCCAAAAGGACGUCAUCAGUGAACUGAUGUCAGGUGACGAGAGGAAUGCUCACAAGCUUCGUAUUUUGGCUGCUUGCCUAAAACUGGAUAUUUCUUGUCACAACGUGGUAGAUUUGGCCCCACCACCGCUGCCGUCCACGGCAUUGUAUCCAAACGUGAAGGUGGCAGAUGCGCUAAGUAGCCUUCUGGGAGAAGGAUACUUCUCAAAAAACAGACAGUUGCCGCACAAUUACCAUAUCGAUUUUGAAGUAAGAAUGGAUAUUAACAGGAGUCAAGUGCUUCCAUUUUCCGACGUGGUAACUUCCGCUGCAGAUACUCAAAGAGUAGCUGUACUGUGUGUUCCUAGAUCUACUUACUGUUUGGAUUUAGCCCACCCCAGAGGAUUCCUUGCUCUGAAAAUGCGACAUUUGAAAGUAAUGGGUUUUCACGUAAUCUUGGUCCGUAAUUGGGAGGUGGAAAGGCUGGAGAUGCAGGAUGUAGUCACACUUUUGAAGACCAAACUCUACUCAGCUGAAGCCUUUCUUACUGCUGAUGUAAAUCUGCAAAGCACGUGUUAAAGUCAAAGCGGACUUUUCGUAUUAGCAGACGUGGGGUUUGCAUUAUUGUUCACACAGUUCUCUCCAGAGCAAUCAAGCAGCUGGGACAUCUGUUGUCACUGUCUACAAUGGACGCAUCCUCUACGAGUUUGAGAUGCUCUGGCUUCACUAUGUAGACUGUGGUUUGGAGGAGCAAUUCUGAGUCACCACCACUCUCUCUAAUUAUUCUGUAAGAAGGUCUUAUUUCUAUUUCUCCUUUCCUCUCCCAUCUCUAUGUGUUUAUUCUAAUUGCUUUUUUAAUUCCCUGACUCUUAUUUGGUCUCUGUUCUUAUAAUUUGGGCCGACUUCAACUAUUGUCAUCUUUUUGGACUAGUUAUUUCCUCCUCCUUUGAUUUAGUCCAUAUAUUUUCUCAAGAGAAUUUAAUGGGAAUUCUUUUAUAAGCAAACAACCACUCCUCCAAGUUAAUUUUUUUCCAAUUUGAUUUGCAUAAGGAACACGUGCAUGAGUUCCUAGUCUUGUGCAUUAGCAAAGAACAGUCAGUAUGAUCUAAGGAACCUGGGUGAUUGUCUCUUUUUGCAAGAAAUCUACUCAUGAAUAAAUACAAGAAAUGUACUUAUUUGCAUUUCCCCUACAAUUUUCCUCCUUAGUUCUUUUACAUUUUCUGUGCUGCUAAUGUACAUAAUCCCUACUACUAGGGGAACUGGCGGGACUUUGAAAGAAUGCAUUUUGAUUUUGUUGAUUUACAUUUUACCCAAAUUGACCCUCUUUGAAAAUACAAACUAUCCUUCCUGUUGCAAAAAAGGAGAUAAAUGUUGCUAUUUACUGGUAGUAAGAUAAAUGGGAAAGAGGAAGGAUAUUCUAACUGUAAACUUGUGUUCUCUUUUACUUAGGAACUAGGACAGAAUCUUGGUCUCUUCAAUGUGCAUAUUCAAUAAAUGCAAUAGCAAUUCAAUAAGUUAGUUGAUAUUUAAGUAUAUAAAGGAAUGUUUUAAUUUCUAUCCAAAGGAUGAAUUUCAGGGACUUUGCUUUGGAAAGCAUCUAUUCCCUGCUUGUUUUCCAGCUCUUGGGGCUAUUCAGUUUUUCCCAGUCUUUUGGGAAUAUAACUAGAAUUUACUUAAGUUCCACUUUCUAAUCUUAUUACACUUCAGGAUCUCUACAUUCUCAGUUUCUGGAUUUAAGUUGACAGAUACCAGGAAUGGACUCUGUCAGUCAUCAUUGUGGCUGGAAUUGUAAGACAGUGAGGUGAAAUUGACGUCCCUGGUGUAAGAUUAACCCACCUGGUAGUCCCAGCUCAGCCAUUUACUAGCUGUGUGGGCAAAUUUCUUUACCAGGGUGAUCAUAACAAUCAUCCAAACCAGGGCACUUCUAAGGGUGAAGUGAGUGUUAUCAACAAUUAUGCCAGGACAACAAGCACAAAUCAGGCCAAGCCAGGAUGCAUGGUCCCCUGGCUGUUGGCAGUAUUAGCUCUUUCCUCUAUAAUAUGUAUAGGAAAAUGUAAACAUUUGAAAAAUACCCAUGUUAUAGGAUGUUGUAAGGAGUAAAUGAGGCAAUGAAUUAAGAGUGCUUAGCUCAGAGACUGGCAUAUACUAAGGGUCAGUAAAUGUUAGUGAACGAACUAUACGUCCCCAAUUUUUCAUGUUCCUCAGGGCAAUCUGAAACAUUAAAUACUAUCAACAAUUAAUAUUGAUCACUUGCUUAUUAUACAGAACUCACCAAAAGCUCUUGAGUUUAUUUCUUAGAACAAGUGUGCCAUUUUCCUGUUUCCUAGGAGUACAAUGUAGAAGUCUCAUCAUCCUAACCCCUUUACUUGGUGAAUUAAUUUUCUAUUAAAUCCAUUUCAUUAGAAUGCUGUAUACUGUUUUGGGUUUAGAUAAAGGAAGAAGCUAUAAGCAGCUCUCAGUUUUGGUUGAGAAUUUUACAGUGCAAUCUAAUCACCCAUGGAGAAUUUCUUCCUCUACUAAAGGUUCCGGAGUAGAGAUCUACUUCAAAACUGGAUUUUUGCCUGGCUUUGUCAGAGGUUAGCUGUGGUUCAGGAGGCUUCUAAUG